AUGCAGCUAUCCACGCUAGCGGAACUCAAGGGUCUUGGCACCUGCACGAAACUGACGAUGCUCUCCUUGCUUCACAACGAGGUGGUAAACAAACAGUACUACCGACUGUACAUGAUCAACCUCGUACCCAGCCUCAAGCAGCUGGAUUUCCAGAAGGUCACGGUGAAGGCAGGGCAGGCGAUGAUACAGGACGUGGCGCAGCAGGCGGAGAAGGCUAAGACCUUUACGCCGGGCGCCCCCGCGGCGGAAGAGCAGAAGCUGACAGACGAGCACCGAGCCAUUUACGCCGAUCGUAUCGCGAAGGCCACCACGGUAGAGGAGAUCGAAAUGCUCUCCAAGAAGAUCCAAGCUGGCAUCAUCCCGUCAGCGAACUACAAGCAGGGCGGCGGAGCGCCGGCGGCGAACGGGGCUGCUGCGCCAGCCGCCGCGGCGGCUGCGGGGAAGCCUCCAACCGCCACAACAACCGAGGUCGAAAUGGCUUCGCCACAAACGGCGUCUCCUCACGACCCGCCGGCGACGGCAGUAACGGCAGCAGGGAAGGCUGCUGCCCCCGCCGCCGCCCCCACGGAGACGGGAACGGCGGCGACGGAGCCAGAAGCACCAGCAGCACCAGCACAAGCUGAGCCGACGGAAACAUCAAGCAUGGACGUCGACGGUGCAGAGGAGGGGAAGACGGCGGAGGCGCCGGAGGCAAGUAGCGCCAAGGGGGGAGCAGAUGGCCGCGGUGGUGGUGAUGCUAGGGUUGGUGAUGAGGGGGGAGAAGAAGCGGCCGCAGAAACAGCGGAGGAGACGGCCACGGAGGCACCAGCGGAAACGGGCGAGGGGGAGGGGGACAUGGAGCAGGAGGACGGAGGAGGGCCCAAGCUUUCCGAAGCUGACAUCAAGUCGUAUAAGGUGACGCAGCUGAAAAAGGCGCUGGUGGAACGCGGCCUUCCCACAAAUGGGCUCAAGGCCGACCUUUCAGCGAGGCUGAUGGAGGCGAUGGGGUACUGAUGGCGGGCAAUGGAAGAUUUCGGCCGGAUGCCGAGGGGUGUGGCGGCCGUUCUGUAGAGUUUGUUGCCUCUGGUCGCUUGCGGACUGUCGACGGGGUUCCCCUUCUUGGGGCGACGAGAAUCGAGGAUGGGAAGACGAUGCGCCCCAGAUAUGACCAGAUUUGUGGCAACUGCGUUGUGAUGCUGGUUUUGUGGCAUGCGGAGGUGUUUCUUUUCGAAGGGAUUAUAACUUAGUCCUGGAUUAGGUUAUAUAUAGACCAGACAGACGGCCAUGCUAACAACGCUACGUUUAUUAUGACGAGAUCAAGUGGCCCACAACAGGUCGGAAUUUCUGUGGUGUCCGUCCGUCUCCUUUGCAGCGCAGUUCGGUGUUGGUUUACUGAGCGACUUUUUUCGCGUUCUCUCCUCUCGUCGUUUCCGAUUAACUACCGUUGUGGUCUUGGGCGUUCUCACUUCUCCGGCCAGCCUCACCACGUUGUGUGUGUGAUGGUACCUGAUUUGCCGCUCUUGUUCUUUUCGACCUCGCGUCUUCGAAAUCUGU